AAAGAAGCCUUGAAUCUGAGAAUUAAGCCAGUCUCUGUACUGGCGGUAAGAGUCAUACUUCUGAUUCACCAACUGCUGCUCCGACUUGAAGAUAUCUCUCUAGUCUCUCUUAUAUUACGUACGAUGUUCAGAAAUAACUACGACAACGACGCUAUCACAUUCUCACCGCAAGGACGCAUAUUUCAGGUUGAGUAUGCACAGGAAGCUGUAAAACAAGGCUCCGUUGUCGUUGGAGUAGUCUCAAAAACACAUGCCGUGCUCGCUGCUCUCAAGCGCAAUGCAGAGGAACUCUCAUCUUAUCAGAAAAAAAUCAUCGAGAUAGACAGCCACUAUGGUAUCGCACUUGCUGGCCUUGCCUCAGAUGCACGUGUGCUCUCCAACUUCAUGAAGCAGCAGUCGCUUGCAAGCCGACUGACCUACUCUCGUCCCAUCCCCCUUACUGAGAUAACUCAGCGUAUUGGCGACCGAGCACAACGCAAUACUCAGGAAUAUGGUAGACGACCGUAUGGCGUAGGUCUACUGAUUGCCGGCGUGGAUGCGAAAGGACCGCAUCUGUUCGAAUUUCAACCCAGCGGUGUGACCAUAGAAAUGCUAGCUAGUGCUAUUGGCGCGCGAAGCCAAAUGGCGAGAACAUACUUAGAAAGGCACUUGGAUAGUUUCGAAGGAGCUAGCAAAGAUGACUUGGUCAAGCAUGCUCUCAGAGCUCUGAAAGAGAGUCUAAGCCAAGACAGGGAAUUAACCAUUGACAACACCAGUGUGGGUGUUGCGGGAGUCGGAGAGGAUUUUAAGCUGUACGAAGGAAAUUUGUUGGCGCGGUGGCUCGAGUCAACGUUUGAGAAUAAGUCAAAUUCAGAAAUGGAUGUUGAUGAAGAAUAGCCGCUCCGAAGCCAUGAGCUGUGUGAGCAUAUGGACUGCAAGGUGUUCUGGUAUAGUAUGGGAUAUAGCUAUAUAAGCAAGACAUAAGAUUGAGGUCAAUGGAUGCCUGCUUCCUGAUCUUUUGUCUAACAAUAUCCAGCACAACUCUUGAGCUUACUAAAUAAUCUAAUAAACCAUCGAGCGGUCACCACUAUUGAGCAGCUAUUUUUGCAGCACCAAACAUUAAUUAUCGUAAUGACUUAUCUAUGUUUCAUAUACUCGUG